GAUAAACACCAAACACGUAGGAAAUAUAAAGUGUAGUACGUGUAGAAAACCUGCAAAACUUCACAAUUUUGUGCCAUACAUGUGAGAAAAACUACGUAAAUAUAGUAAAAAUAUAUUCAAAAUGAAUUACAAACUUUUAACUGUGUAUUUGUUUACUAUAAAUGCUUUAGUAUCGGCAAGAAUUGACCCGCAAAAUUUAAAAUGUUUAGUGUGUCGAACAACGUUUGAAGAGCUGAACGCCGCUAUAAAGGCUGUUGACAAAUGGAAAAAAGUUGAUGUGGGCAACUUCCGGAUGGAUGCCAGCGGGAACACCAUGCAGCAGAAAGUUCCGGCUCAUCGCUCCGCUGUCUACAUCUCUGAGCUCAUUGACGAAAUUUGCAAGAAGAUGGACGACUACGUCCGCGUGUACUACAAGUCGACGGGCAAGCUAGCCAUCAUGCAGCUCAUCAUGCCGGAUGGAGGCAUGAACCCCGACUUCUCCAAGACCAAGUUUGUCACCGACGACGAUCUCAACAAGAGCUUGGAGUACUAUUGCGAGCGCAUGUUCGAGGAGAACGAGGACGAGAUCACGGACCUGUACAAGAACCGGCCCGAAGAUGACGUCAUGCCCGACGCCGAGAGCGAGAUCUGCUUCAAGCAGACCAAGUACUGCGAGGAAUGGAUGUUGCCCAACGAGGAGGACACCACAUGGACGCCCGAGAUGGAGGCUGAAUAUGUUAAGGUCCACGGUCCCGACCCGUACGGUUUCGGCGGCGGCAUGGGCGGCAUGGGCGGCAUGGGCGGCAUGGGUGGUAUGCCUCAGAUGCCUGAUGACUCCGACGGCUAUGAUGAUGCUGAAGAGAUCAAGGAUGAGCUGUAGUGAUAAGUGCAUGUGAUAUGUGUGUGAUUGUGCAACGAAGGAUACACAUUGUAAGGGUAUCAUAGUUCAUGAAGUUUAUUGUACAAGUUACUUCGAAGUACGCAACGCGGCGGGCUGUUUUUUAUACAUUGAUAUGACCUAGAAUGUGACAGGUCAUAAAAAUGUAUGGAUACAACUGGCUUGCUGCGGCCCGAAUCGAUCUUAAUUGCAAAUUCAAAAUCUUAAAUGUGUGACAUUGCAAAUAUAUUUGCUCAAAAACAAUAUAAUCAUACUUAGUUUGACAGUACUUCCAAGUGUUAAGACUGUGUCGAGUCCCAAUAUCAAUGUAUGAAUGUGAUAUUUAAUGAAGCCAGUGAGUUGUUUAAAAGAAAUUUAAGCUUUUAUAGUGUGGGUUGUUGUGUGAUAGUGAAAUGAUAAUGUGACAAUAAACUUUUUACAAAGUAUGCAUUUAUUUAAAUUGCCGUGUCAUUUAAAAUGAUGCGACUUUCUUGUUGUGGAAUAAAGAUAAUAUUGUUGUUUAAA